ACAGCAAUGGUACACAUUUACACCUUUUCAUUAAGCAUUGUGCAUCCGCCAGCAAACUUUUCCUCAUAUCCUUGGCUGUUUAUAAAAGUUAUGUUUGAAAGUAGGAUGUAGGUCUUCUAUAUGUGCAUAACCAUAUGACUGCGGUAGAAAACAGAAUUCAGAAUGGUCAUAUUAGACAUGUAGUUGUAUGUCGUGAUGGUAGAGCACACAUGUGUAGUUUCUUAGCUAUACUGUGAAGAUUAGCUGUAGUUUGUGCAGAUCUGGAUGCCACAACAGUCAGCUCUUAGGAUGUUCUGAAUCAUUGUCCAAUCAGAGCUGUGACAAAAACGCUAGAGGCGAGGAUAUUUUUAUGUGAGAUUAAAGAAAACAUGAUUUAGCGUUGUACUACUGACAUAACGUUAAAGUGCUAAAUUUACCAACAAAUUUACAAGGAUUACAAUCCUGUAUCAAGCUGUUUUUCAUUAACAAAGAAGGAUUUCUCUUAAUCCAGCCCUUUUUUACUUAAAAUUCCUAGUUUAUUUUAUUCUCUGCCAUAUUACAGUUAAACUGUGCAGAUGUUUGUUUAAUUUAAAUUAUCUGUCAUCUUUACUGGACAGAAACUGUUCAGAACUCCUUGUUUCGAUGUCACAUGAUCUGCUGAGAACUCUUGCUAUGAAUUAAAACGAUGUCACGUAUAUGACAUUACAAUUAUAAAGAAUGGUGCUCAAGACUUUAAGCUUUAAAUUUAUGUAUUAUUUGUGAAUACUAUUUAAAAUUUUGAUGGUAAAACCAUGUAGUAAAUGUAAACUAUCAAACAUUGGAACCGGCUAUGGUCCCAAGCAAGUUAACGGAUUAAACGGCCCAGAUGAUGCAAAAUGGAGAAACAUUCAUCUGAAGGAUCAGACCCCAGACCUUGUCAUCAGCAACAUCCCAAGGGAUCAGACUGGAGUUUAUAAAGUGGAGAUCAACACCAUCAACAAGGUCUUGCACAGAAAAUACCAAAUUGAUGUUGGUGGUGGUGUGAAGACAGUAUCAGUGAUGGAGAGAGAUCCUGUCAAUCUAAUUACUGGUGUUAAUAAAAUUCAGGGAUAUGAUCUGAUACUGUGGAAGACUGGAGGUAAUAUUGUGGCUGAAAUCAAUAAAAAUGCCAAUAUAUUUGGACCUCGAGAUGUAGAUGAUAUGAGAUUCAGUGGCAGACUACAUCUUUCUCGUGAGACUGCAGAUCUCACUAUCAGUGACUCCAAAACCAAAGACUCUGGAGAUUAUCAUCUACACAUGAGCAACAGCACACGCACCUUACAGAGGACCAUCAGCGUUAUUGUCAAGACUCGACCUCAGUCUGGUGCUCCUUCAGGGAUAUAUGGUGCUGGUGUUGGUCUGGUAGUUUGGGUUGUAACUGUGUUUUUUGCUGCAAGAUUUGUAGACAACGAAAUCAAAGGUGUUUCAGUGAAAAUAAAGUGAAUCACUCUCAGGAUCAGCAUGGAAAAAUGAAGAGAAACAACAGUUCAUAAUCACUGUAACAAGAUAAACGUGGGCUUUGCCUGACAUGUUAUUCAGUUUUAAUUUGCUUGUUUUAUGGAUAUAUUUUGACAUAAAUCUUGCUUUUUUUCAUGCUUGACUAUAUUGUUUUGGGGAUGCCAUUCAUAUAAAAGUUUAUGUUCUUCUGGUGCUUAUA